CUUUCGAACGGGAAACGAUAUGGCAAAAAAAUAAGUGAUACGCCAUCAGUGGUUGAGCAAACAUAUGCGCAAGCGGAUUCUGAAACCGGCGUUAGCAGUCAUUUGAAAGCACCAACAAUUAUCAGUCGAUGGCACGGCUCAUUCGAUGAAUCUUAUGGUGAUUGUGAAGCAGCAACAAAUGUUGACUGUUUGCGCAUUGAAAAAUCUGAUAAUAGUCGAAGUAAACAUUCACCGCUAACUGGAAGGCAUUGUUUAACAGCAGCUGUUCCAUCAUUUUCACGAUCUAAUGUACAUACUACAAAUAUUAUUACAACAACAACAGCAACAACAACAACAACAACAACAACAACUACUACUACUACUACUGUUACUACCAAUGAUGGUGCAAAAAAUGUCAAACAAACAUCAACUUCGAAUUUACCUCCAUAUGCCGUUCGUUUAUUUACAGCAUCAUCAACUCCCGAAUCAGCUGCUGUACCUUUGGUGACACCUUCAAUAUCACCACAAAUAGCUGUAACUCCUCCCGUUGCUCGAACAUUAUUUACCACUCCUCAAACUAUCCCACCAACAAAAACAACCUUUCAACCAUUGUUACAUGCAAUGGCACCAACAAGUUCAACUGUUCAAUCAGCAUCUGCUUCAUUAAUGAUGCAUUUCAAGAAUCUUGUAAAUACAUUCAAUUCAUUUACGAAUAGCAGUGGCACUACUGGUGAUAUUCAUCCAUCAUCGUCCAAUAUUUCUCAUCGUCCGGAUGGAUCCAAACGCUUUUCAUUAGAUAAUAAUACACUUUCAUUACAAUUUCUACGUUCUGCUCCUGCUACACAAUUAAACACUACUGAUCAUAAUGUUAACAGUGAUAAGAAUAAUGAAAAUGCUACAAACCUAAAUGAUUCUAAAAGUAAUAGUAACAGUAACACUGAUCAGGAAAAAGAACUACGACGACAACGACGUUUACGGAGGCGAUCUGUUUGUCAGGAAAUGUUUCCAACAAAUGAGUUGAUGUGGAAAAAUUUGGAAACAACUGAACAGAAAACCGGAAAUAUUUGUGGGACGGCAAGGGCAGUGAAGAAAAGUACGAGUGAAAAACAUUUGUUUAAUAAUGGUAUCGAAGUGACAUCAUCAUCGGUUGAGAGAAAUCAAGCUAUGGAGGAUGCUAAAUGGCAUAUACUUAAUUUAAGACGGAAAAGAUAUCAGUUUCUUGGUUUAACACCAUCACCAACACAUACAGCAAUGCAAUCUUGA